AUGGAACCUGUAUAUACAUUAGAUAAUAAUAACAUUAAAAUAUGUAAUACCAAUAAUAAUAAUAAUAACAAUAACAAUAACAAUAACAACAAUAGUAAUAAUAAUGAUCUUGAUGAUUUCGUUGUUGGUGAUGACAAUGACAAUGACAAUGAAAAUGAAAAUCUCAUUGUUGAAUCAAAUGACAACAGCAGCAACAGCAGCAACAGCAACAACAAUAGCAAUGUGACUGACAAGAAAAUUGAACAAUCUGCAAUUCGUGAGAGUUUUGAUGAUGAGCCUGACUAUGAUGAUGAAGAUGAAAUGGAUUACUACGAUGACGAUGAAGAGUUCUUAAAUGGUCCUUCCAUUGUUAAAUCCUCUCCAGUUCCACUAGGUCAAUCCAACCCAUAUAUAGCAUCAUUAUUAUCAUUAGAAAAUAAUAAUAAUAAUAAUAAUAAUAAUAACAAUAAUAAUAAUAAUAAUAACAAUAAUAACAAUAAUAACAAUAACAACAACAAUAAUAACAAUAGUAAUAACCUUAAAUCAUUUGAUGGCCUUAGUCUCAAAGGAACCGCUGUGAAAAAACAACUUGGAAAACCUUUGGGUAAUGCUAGUGAAAAAGAAGAGGAAUCUGAAGUUAGAGUUAAUUUCACUUCUAAAUUGGAAACAGUUGAUUUUGGAUAUGAAUUAUCAUCAAUUCAAUUUUUGGUUGCACAGGGUAUUGAAACCAUUGGUGCGUUGGCAACUAUGACCGAUCUCUCCAUUGUAUUGGAGGGUAUUAUCGAUGAGGAUCCAUCGUUGGAACUCAUUCAAUCGCUUGCCAGAGAACUCCUUUUGAAUGCAAAUCCAACAGAAUUCUAUUCGAAUCAUUCGAUUUCUAUCGACUCUAUCAAUACUCAUUCCUCAUUAGCCAUUUUACAAGGAUUUGGUGAUGAUGAUAUUCAAUAUAUGCAAUCAAUUGGUGUAUUGACAUUAGGGCAAUUAAUUCAAGCAAGUAAAACAAUGUUUGAGAUUAAAGAUUCACCAAGAUUCAAGUUUUUUGCUAGUAUGGCAGACAAAUUGUUGAGUUUCUCAGUGAAUGCAACUCAACUUAUGAAUGUUAAAGAGGUUUCCGAACAAAAGAAACUCUAUGGAUAUUUCUAUUGUAGUAAUUUAACAUUGAAACAUAUUAAAUUGCGUGGAUAUAUGCAAUCUUAUAAACAUAUAUUCGAAGAUUUUAUGAAUACUGAGGUAGCAAUUAGAUUCAAUCAUCCAUGGAGAAAGAUUUUCUUCCGUUACGUACAACAAACGAGCAAAGAAAUCAAGGUUAUAAAUCCAACGGAUCUCGAUGUCUAUUCUUACUUGGUAUAUCUUUCAUCGUCUGACUUCUUCAAUUGCACCAGUGGUGUACAGGGUAUUCAUUUCUUCUGGUCACCAAUUCUCCAGACUCCAACCGGUGUCAAUAUUAUAGAUCUUAAAACUCAUAAACAAGAGUUUGAAAAUCUUUUCAAAAUAGAUUUGACUGCCUGUAUGGAUAAAGGUUGGAAAAUGUAUAAUGUUGGAACAUCACUUCGUAGAUUGACUGACCUGUCCGAUGUAAAGAAGGAAUCAUUAAAGAAAUCGGCGUGGACCAGCUAUAGAACUGGAAAUGAUCCAUAUUUAACAUUGGAUCAUGGUUACUUGGUUCCAGAGGGAUCCAAUUUAUUAAAAGAUUUCUAUACCCUAUGCAAUGACUACUAA